CCCCUCCCAGACCCCCAGACCCCUCCCCGCCCCGAUGCCGCUGGGCCUGGGCCGCCGCAAGAAGCCGCCGCCGCUGGUGGAGAACGAGGAGGGGGCCGGGGGGCGCGGGGGGGCCCCGGGGGAGCCCGGGGGGGCCUCGGGGGGGGUCCCGGGGGCGGCGCCCCCUCCCCCGCUGCGGCCCCGGCUGGUGUUCCACACGCAGCUGGCCCACGGCAGCGCCACCGGCCGCGUGGAGGGCUUCGGGAACGUGCGGGAGCUGUACGGGAAAAUCGGGGAGGCCUUCGGGAUCCCCCCCAGCGAGGUGCUGUUCUGCACGCUGAACACGCCCCAGGUGGACAUGGAGAAGCUGCUGGGGGGGCAGAUCGGCCUGGAGGAUUUCAUCUUCGCGCACACGCGCGGCCGCCAGAAGGACGUGCAGGUGCUGAAAUCCGAGGAGGCGCUGGGGCUCACCAUCACCGACAACGGGGCUGGCUACGCCUUCAUCAAGCGGAUCCGCGAGGGCUCGGUGAUGGCGCGCACGCCCCAGGUUAUCCAGCGGAUCCGCGAGGGCUCGGUGAUGGCGCGCACGCCCCAGGUGGGCGUCGGGGACGUGCUGGAGGCGCUGGACGGGCGCAGCCUGGUGGGCACGCGGCACUUCGAGGUGGCACGGCUGCUGCAGGAGCUGCCCCGCGGGCACCGCUUCCGGCUGCGGCUGACCGAGCCCAGGAGGGCCUGGGACGGGAUCGGGCCCCGCUCCGGGGGGGUCUCUGCCCGGGGGGGGCUCCCCCAGGGGCUCUCGGGCCGGGGAACGCUGAGGCUGCGCUCCAGGGGCCCGGCCACGCUGCAGGAGCAGCCGUCGGCGUUCGAGGAGCGCGCGGUGGCCAAGGUGGACGAUCUGCUGGAGAGCUACAUGGGCAUCCGGGACAGCGAGCUGGCCGCCACCAUGGUGGAGCUGGGCCGCGACGCGCGGGACCCGGACGCGCUGGCCGAGGCUCUGGACGCGCAGCUCGGCGACUUCGCCUUCCCCGACGAGUUUGUGUUCGACGUCUGGGGCGCCAUCGGCGACGCCAAGGCCUGGGCGCUGCUGAGCCCCCCCGGGACCCCCAAAAACCACCUGGGUGGGACCCCCAAAAACCUGGGACACCCCCCUGAAUGGAGACCCCCAAAAACCACCGGGACCCCAAAAACCUGGGACACCCCCCUGAAUGGAGACCCCCAAAAACCACCGGGACCCCAAAAAACCACAGAGACCCCCAAAAACCACCUCGGUGGGACCCUAAAAAACCAUGGGACCCCAAAAACCUGGGACACCCCCCUGAAUGGAGACCCCCAAAAACCCAGGACCCCAAAAACCACCGGGACCCCAAAAACCUGGGACACACCCCCUGAAUGGAGACCCCCAAAAACCCAGGACCCCAAAAACCACCUGGGACCCCCCCAAAAACCACUGAGACCCCCAAAAACCACUGAGACCCCCAAAAAUCACCUCGGUGGGACCCCUAACAAACCUUGGGACCCCCAAAAACCUGGGGCACCCCUGAAUGAGGACCCCAAAAAGCCCCAGGACCCCAAAAACCACUGGGACCUCCAAAAACCACCGGGACAUUGCCAAGAUGGGGGACCCCAAAACCCUGGGACACCUCCUGAUGGGGACCCCAAAACCCCGGGAUCCCCCAAAACCCUCAGACACUACAAAAGUCCCUGGGACCCCCAAAAUCCCAGGACACCCCCCUGA